AUGCCAAAACUGCUUAAUUUAACAAAGGCUUUUGCGGUUGUUGUCUCCUCUCUGUUUAGAUUCAUUCCAAAAAUACUAACGGUAAUGCCGAUGGUUGUUAUAAUUCACAAAUUUUGGGAAUAUGACUUACCAAAUGGACCUAACUUUUGGGAUCGCAACACUGAAUUCCUUGCAAUAGAAAGUGCUAAUCAGCAGGUUCACUAUGAUGGGAAGGGCUUAGUAUUUUGUAGGUUUCCCACAUAUCCAUCCCGUCGUCAACAGAAGGGCAGUUCAAGUAAGGAAUUUUGUCAUACGUGGUUUAAAAUUUGGUUUGCAGUAUAUGUGAAAACUUUGCUUUUGAUACCAUACUGCUUUUUAUAUUUCAGGGUUUAUCACAUUCUCUGCAGUAAUUGGUUUGGUUUCAUGAGUGUCUUUUCGCACAUUGGUCCUAAUGGUCACAAAUUGGAAAUGCCAACAAUGGUUAACACAAAUCAUCUGUUGUUGCCAAAAACAUUAUGCAAGUUUGUAGAACUCUCAGAAAUCAAGAGGCAAGGUCACAAAUAUUAUGGUCUGUCCCACCACAAUGACAAAACUGAGGCACUGUCUACUUAUUUACAGCACAUCGGUGCUCCUUCCACUGUAUCGAAUGUCAAACAUGCCUCAGUAAGCACUGGAAUCCUCUAUCAUUGCUUUGUUCCCAAGUAUCCUGAACAACUUUUUAGACUAAUGCUUUUGAAAAUUUCAUCAGCAAAUAAAUAUUAA